UUGCUUUUCAAAGUAAAUACAAAUUGUGAUCAUGACAAACUUGAAAUUGGUAAAAAUCUGCGGAUUCCUGCUUGUUAUGCUCAUUGCUUGCCAGCAGGGCAUUGGCGUAAGUCGCUUCUGUGGCGAUAAACUGACCGAAGUGUUAGACGUACUAUGCGAAACAGGCUUCAAUCACAAAUUCAAAAAAUCCCAAAUUGCAAACAACGAUUUUAAAAAUGAUAUUGAAGAUGAUGACUUCGCUUCUCCGUUUGGCGACUUUCCUUUAAUGGGCGGACUAUUUACUGAGGGUACUGCAAAUAUGUUGGCUAAGACCCGUCGGCGCCGUAUGAAUGGCAUUGCUUACGAAUGUUGCGAGAAAAAGGGCUGCACUGUUUUGGAGCUGCUGACAUACUGUAACUAAAGGUAUUAAAUAAUAAUUUGGAACAGAUUCUCUUAUCAUUGAGGAGCAGAUUAAAUAAAUAAUUUUUCUGAAAAUUGUACUAAAAUAUUAUCAACAUUAAAACCUUGCAUAAGUAUAUAUGGAAGCUUGUUAAUUUGUA